UUGGCCGACGGCGAGCCAGCAUUCUGGAGAUUUCGCCAUAACUGCGCCAAUCACACCCCACGGACGCGAUGUAAGUUCGCCAUUCUCGUGCUAUCCUUGAGCGCACACGCGAUCAACCGAUCUCGCGGUUUCUCCAGGGACAGAAAGGCUGAUCGGAGCGUAUGCCAAGAUUUCCAGGAUUUCCAUAGCGCGGCUUCGAAAAGCGAUCGCUGCAGCGCCUGGUUUUGGCCAAGAUUCCUUCCCACAGCCUCUCGCUGCCGCGGCGCCGCCAGCAUUUAGAUUGGCCCUUUCCAGCUCCGUUAUUGUGCGGCGGCAAGCCUCUCCAUCAGCCAAUUCAUUGCGGGAGAAAAGAGAUUUCGCUGUCGCAACUCUCUGGUGGCUCUGGCGAGCAGCGCUCUGGUUAGCGCAUCCCUUUCACUCGAGUCCAAAGGGGUCAGGGCGGGCAGUAGUGGCAGGCAUAGUUAAUGGGACUUCGUUUUUGGAUGGAGCUACUGGGUGGAACACGACUGGGACUGGGAGGAUUGGGACUGGAGCUGGGAGGAUUUGUUUCGCUUAUCAGACAAAAUGGCUCUCAUCGCACCAGCAGUACACUGGCCUGAUCAUGUUUUUCAUCGGACAGUGUGUUCUUCUUCACCGAGAGACAUCGUCGUGACAGAUCGCUCGUCUGGCUACUCACUGCUUUCCCGAUUCUCGCAAGUGCAACAAGUCCGACAUGCUAGGACCGGUAUGCUAUGCCUGACUUGACAAGCAAGCAAAUUGGUGCUCAUGAUUCCUCUCCGGCUGUGAUCACUGCUGCUGGUCGUCCCUGUUUGCCAUCUCGGUGGUAAAAUGAUCAGCUAAAAGUCUCCUGAAGGAAUGUGAGCUCGAGAAUGGUUGCAAGCGAUGGGCGAAGAGGCUGUCACAAUUCUCGUUGUUUGAAUCACGACCACCAGUAUGCUCACACUGGAAUGCUGGCUCCACAUGUCGGCAGAAGCUGACACCAAAUUCCAAAGAUUUCCUCCAGGGGAAACGUCACGAAUCGUUGGACUAUGGAAAAUUCAUCGAAAGGGGGACGGAGAAAAGCGGCAUGGAUCGCAGGAAAAGGGAUAGGGAGGGAGCAGCGGAUGCUGAGGGAGGAGGACGAACCGACAGCGAGUCGACAAGCUUUGAUGAUGGCUCGUUCCGGAAGCCCGAGAGUGGAGGAGCCUUGGGAUCUGGAGCCGCCAUGGAUUUCAGCUCCGAGAGCGCAGGUGUGGGUGAUACGUUCAAGAAGAAUGUUACCGGAGAGAGGAAAGUUCGCGCCAAGGUAGUAGUCGACUCCCCCAAGCCCGGAAGUGCUCACUCCGUAGAGGUAGAGGUAGACAGGCCCCGUGGUAGCGUUAGACCGUCAGGUGGGAAAGAUCGACAUAGCAAAGUCCAGACUUCCAAGGGGCUUCGGGAUAGAAGAGUGAGGCUCUCGGUGGCGACAGCGAUUCAGUUCUACGACGUGCAAGAUAGGCUGGGAUACGAUCAGCCAAGCAAGGCAGUGGAAUGGCUUUUGAAGAAGGCCAAGGCAGCGAUAGACGACCUUCCACCGGUUCCAUCAGCCGUGGACAGGGCAUCGGGUGGCGCUCACGGAGGAGCAUUCUCUCCAGCAUUGUCCGUGAAGUCAGGACCAGCCAUCCCUCGGUUCUAUCCGCAAGCCAUCGGACUAUCUCCAGGCUCGUCUUCUUUCAGGGAGCCAGAACGGCAAGAGGAGCAAAAGCUACAGGAGCCUUUCCUUGAGAGCCCGUCUGCCAAGGAAGGAGGAGAUGGUGGGAAAGGAGGCGUGGCGAGGCUCGAGUCGAGAGUGAAGGCCAGGGAGAGGGCCAGGGAGCGGAUGAAGGAGAAAACAACAACAACGACAGGUAGAGAUCCUUCCAGCCCUUCGCACUCUCCGGAGGCACAGUCGUUCAUCGCCAGCAGCAUGCCACAUUCGGCUCCAAUGAUACCGUUCGACAGCAGCGCGCUCAAUGUCCCUGAAAGCUUCACCAGCUUGCUCCAGAAUCCUCACGUCCCGUUCCAGAACUUGGCUCCGCCUUCUCAAUCUUACCAAGGCCAAUUCCUCGGGCAGCUCGGCUUCCAACAGGCGCUACUGUCCCUGGAGCAAGUUCCAAGCAGGCAGUUCCAUCCCGCUUUUCCAGGCUUUGCGUCGCUGCCUCUGGCCACCACUCCUCUUGACUUGUCCUUCUUUUCGAACCCGGUUACUUCUCCUGGUCACUUCUCACCUCAGCUAUCAGCGGCAGCAGCAGCACCAAUUUUGUCGUCCAAUCCGCUUCCCUCCGAUCCGUUCGUGCCAUCCAGUCCUCAGUUUCGGCCUUUCUCACUUCUCGAAGAGCCACCACCAUCGUCAUACUUUCAAGGAUUACUGAGGCCGCAGCAUUCUUUUACGAGCUUGUCACCACUGCAGUCUGAGCCGUUUCCAGCGUCCCCGCAGCAGGCUCAUCAUUUUGGUAGUCUACUAGAUAGAAACGUUUCGGGUCCGCGCGAACCCAGCAGCAGCAGUAGCAGGUUUCAUCCUCCAGCGUCUUACUAUCAGUCGGGCUCGCAGCAACAGUUUCCGGCAGUUAUCCAUGGAAUCGGCGGUGAUGAUGAAAUCGUGGAGCUCAACAAGGAUGAUGACGGAGGUGGCGGUGGUCACCACCGCUCGUCCUCGAUUCCGCGAGCUCGACCACCUUAACUACACCAUCAGGCUCAUCAUCAGUGUUGAAAAUCAUCGGUCGCUCUGGAAUGCUUUGAUGACCGAUUAUUGGCCGCCAAUCAGCCGGGACGACGCCAAGUUCAAUGCGACGCAGGGACGAAAACAAGCAAGCCAAGCAACGCUCGUCGAUACAGGCCGCCUUCGUUUUAACAACGAUUUUCAAGUUUGCAACUCCUAGCAGCAGGAACAGCAGCAGCAGCAGCAGCAGCAGCAGCAGUAGCAGCAGAAAGAUGACAGCAUGCGCAGAAGCGUACGAGCGCGGAAUGGGUGCAAUGCAGUUGUCAAUCGCUUUCGCUUUCAAACCCCUUCUCUUAAGUGCGCGAGGUCAGGGAAAUCAGUUCUUCGGUUAUCGCUCACUUUCCACUUUCCGGGUGUGGUUUUGCUUUUGCGGUGGAGUUCUAAGUGUUUAUCAGGAUCCAGAGAUUGGAGAGAAACCAAGAUCAGGAGGUAUGGAUGGAUAGAAUCCAGCGAAAGAAGGAGAUUUUUUUUGGUGGUGGUGGAAGCCAAGUGAGAUGAAAACAAAACAAGCAAAAGAUCGAGAGAGAGGAGACGAUGGGACAGCGAAGAUUAUUUAAUGGCUGUACUGCCGGACAUGCAGCGCGCAUGUGUGUGAGUGCACACACGUAACCUACAUGUGGUGAGAGGAUAUAGCUUCGAUAUAUUCUUAUUGGUAAUAAAAACCAUUGGUUCAUUCU